AGCCAGCCUUUAGGCAGUAUUGUUAACAGUGGGAAUUAAGGACCCUGCCUGCUCUGGCCUGACCCUCAGGGCAAUAGGGGGGUCUCCUUGGGGGGGGGGUCCACCAGGGCCCUGUGCUUUGCAGAGGGACAGGGGAAGCUACAUCAGCUACCAAAGCCGUAAGAAGGGAAUCCCUACUUGGUGUCAGAAGAAAUGAUUUGUAAAGAAACCUUCUAUGACUGAAAUCCUGGAAUUCAGGACAACUCUCAAGCCUGAGGAUUCUGGGAGCUGUAAUAUGCCUGCUUGAGACAAGAGAUCUGCCAUAUCCUCCUGCUCAUAAUGAGAAUAAUUCGGCUCUAGUCAGCCAAGGUGAACCUCAUGGACAUCACCAAGAUCUUCUCCCUCCUGCAGCCCGACAAGGAGGAGGAGGACACUGACACAGCGGAGAAGCAGGCCCUCAAUCAAGCAGUGUACAACAACAACUCCUAUACCUUGGACCAGCUUUUGCGCCAGGAGCGAUACAAACGAUUCAUCAAUAGUAGGAGUGGCUGGGGUGUCCCUGGGACACCCUUGCGCUUGGCUGCUUCUUAUGGCCACCUUAGCUGCUUGCAGGUCCUCCUGGCACAUGGUGCUGACGUUGACAGCUUGGACGUCAAGGCACAGACACCACUUUUUACCGCCGUCAGUCAUGGCCAUCUGGACUGUGUGCGUGUGCUUUUGGAAGCUGGUGCCUGUCCUGGUGGUAGCAUCUACAACAACUGCUCUCCUGUGCUCACAGCUGCCCGUGAUGGUGCUGUUGCCAUCUUGCAAGAGCUCCUGGGUCAUGGUGCAGAGGCCAAUGUCAAGGCAAAACUACCAGUCUGGUCAUCAAACAUAGCUUCAUGUUCUGGCCCCCUCUAUUUGGCUGCAGUCUAUGGUCACCUUGACUGUUUCCGCCUGCUUUUGCUCCACGGAGCAGAUCCUGACUAUAACUGCACUGAUCAACACCUGUUGGCUCGAGUCCCACGGCCCCGCACCCUCUUGGAAAUUUGCCUCCACCAUAAAUGUGAGCCAGAGUAUAUCCAGCUGUUAAUUGAUUUUGGUGCUAACGUCUACCUUCCAUCUCUCUCCCUGGACCUGAACUCUCAAUGUGAUAAAGGCACUGCUUUGCUGCUACAGGCCCGAGCCACUCCACGGUCGCUAAUAUCACAGGCUCGUUUAGCUAUCCGCAAAGCCCUGCACCAGGCCAGCCAGCCACAAGCCAUAGACAAGCUGGAUAUUCCCCCCAUGUUGAUUAGCUACCUCAAACAUCAACUGUAAUCUUGCAGCCUGCCCAGUAACCCACAAUGCUUCCGGAAAACCACCUGGGACCCAGGUAGCUGGAGGGCACUACAGCUCUACCCACUCACCUGAAGCUGCUCUCCUGUAUUACCCUCCACAAUAAAAUCCUCAACAAAAUAAA